AUGAUUCAAUUAAAGUAUGCAAGAGUUGUCCAAUAUCUCGAGGAUGAAAAGCUUGCUAUACAAUUACAGAGUAACGAGGAAGUUAAUAUGCAUCAUAAUACCGAGAGAUUGUUUGUUAAUCAAGAGUUCAUUGCACCGCCAUACCAUAGGAAUAGUAGUUAUGAUGAUGAAAAUGAUAAAAAAACUCUUCAAUUACUUGCUGAUGAGGAAUUGGCUAGACAAUUACAUGAUAGUGAAAAUGGUGGCAAAAUAAAUAUAGAUCAAGAAAUACUUGCCGCUCAACAAUAUGAAAUCAAUAAUUUUACUCAACCAUUG